GAUGUAGUUUAUUCGGUGUGAAAAUUCAUAACGUCGUUCGGUUAAAGAAAAAAAAAACGUGAGAUUGUGAGAACCGCAGCAACGAUAACAAUGGCCGGUCUUCGGAGAGUAAACGGAAAAAUCUCGGGAGUCAACCCAACCGUCAGUUGCUGUCGCCUGCGUCAGGUUCAGUCUCUUCUCUGUGCAGGAAGACCUAUCACCCCUGAUGGCAUCCUGUGCUCUCUUGGAAUUGACAGUCGAUAUAAUGAUGGCUGCACUGAGCUGGCGAAAUACCUGUUCAAUGGACUAUAUGGAAGAAACCAGCUGAAUCUGGAACAAGCCUUUGAUGAGUUUCCUGAAGAAAUGCUGGAUGAUGUAAUCCUGCUGAUCAAGGCGGAUUGUGUUCAUCUGUACUGCAACCCGAUGAACUAUAGUUACCUGUUGCCCUACGUGUCCCACUGGAGGAACCUGCAUCUCUACUGCAUGACCAAGGCAGAGUAUGAAGACGAGGAAGCAGCAGAGGAAUUUAAAAUCUCUAGUUUUGUCACGAUGGUGCAGGACUGCUAUCGUAUUGGAGUACCUUUCAGCUCCCAGGGACAUUUCCAGACAUUUGAUAUGUUUAUGGUGGAGAAGUGGCCCCUGAUUCAAGCGUUUGCUCUGGAAGGCAUCGGUGGAGGAAGCUUUUUUACCAUGAAAUACAAGCUAAUGGACAUGAGUGAGAAGCUGUGGCAGGUUUACAACAGACUGGACCCAGUGUCCCUGGAUAAUGUCCUAACAGAGGAUCUGGUGUACUUUGAGAAGCAGUGGAGUGGGUUUUUCUCCAGCAUGGACCUGGAGAGCCAUCUCUCCAUCUUGGAGCUGUCUGAAGCACAGGCAGGAGAGGCAUUCCGUACUUAUUAUUCUCACGGUCUGAUCUCAAGCAACAUCACAGAUAAAAGUAAAAGUCAGCAGCCCUUUGUGUUGUUCGGGAAGCACUCCUCCCUCGAGGAUUUUGAGAGUUAUUCAUUCAACUUUCCCUCCGAGAGUCAUCAGGUCCGCAACACGGGGGCCAAAGGCUCCACAGCCAAUCACAUGAUUCUGCAGUGUGUGGCUCCCAAAGGACCUCUGGCCUGUUCUCGAACCUACUUCUUUGGGUCCACCCACAUGCCAUACCUUGAAAAUCCACAAAAGUCAAGAAAUCAAAACACAGAGCAGAAGAAAAGCGAAGUCUUGCUCUUGUCACAGAUUUACUCAGCUGCUGUUCAGGCCGUCCUAUCAGGAAUCAAAUGCUACUCCUGCACAUCUAGUGCUGUUAAGGCCAAAGAUGUAGCAGAGAACACCUUUCUCAUGGGUUUGGACUCAAUGAAUUUAAGUCAGUACCGCAGUUCCCUCAGGUCCAAAUGUGAAUUCAACAUUCAGGCAGUGAAUAAGACAGGAAGGAUCAUUCCACUGACCGAUGAAGAAAGCCGUUAUGUAGUCAAAACGGCCUCCAUGAUCGUCCAUGACAUCCCAGACCUGCAGUGGAGCGGGGUGGACCUUGGCUCUGUUGUCUUCUCUGAAUCCUUCUUGGAGUCCAGCAUCAACAUCCAGCAGAAAGAUGGCACUGUGUCCUCAGACAGCUGCUACACAAUCCUCACUACAACUGUGCCUCGCUAUGCCUGCUGGCUGAUGGAAUCUGAUGUCAAGCAGUCUGAGCAAGCACAACAUCUCACUAAGAAGGAGGAAGGAACUUGUUUGGGAACUGCUCUGACUCUAGCAGACGCUGCGUAUGUGUUCUCCAGCAGCCAGCUGUCCACACCUGAAGAAGGGAAAAUCAUUUUCUUCUCUGAGGGAAUCAUGUUUGUCCAUUCUCAAUAUGGAAGCAUCACCCUGUCCAAAGAUCACAUCAGGACCAUCAAGUUCUUUGACCCGGACUCCAUCGGUGUGGCGUCUCUCUUUGUGGAGUACGAGAGCAGCCUGCUGCCACACCUUCCGUUCCCUCUCCACAGCUCGGACCAGUGUCUGGUCUUCGCUCUUCAGCCCAGGUCCAAGAGCCACAGGGCCUUCUAUUCCAAGGUUCUAUCAGUGUGGAAAAAGUCUGAAUCUGGACUUCCUCUUCAAAUGGUGGACAAGCUUCACCUGACCUGGAACCAGAAAAACAUGCACACAAGGCUGCAGAAGCUGCACGACAGUCAGGAGCCGCCGGUGGCUAAACGCAGAGGCAGCCUGAAGACUUCAUACUCCCAACUCCCAGAGCAGGACAUGUUUCUUCAGCACUUUGCUUUGAGUAGUAUUGGUCAGGAGCCCAUUCUGUUUGACCACCUGGGGUUGCUCUUCCCCUCUGCAGAGCUGAGGAAUCCAGUCAAAAGCAAGGGAGACAAGGUUGUUAUCACCAUCAUCACUGGAUUGCCAGGAAGCCAUAAGAAGAGACUCUGCAACUUCCUGCUCCAGUUGAGCAAGGAAAGUGAAAGGUGGGCGUUGUAUGAACCCAGUCCUGACAGCUUUGACAGCUUCUCAGCUUCACACCUGCAGAAGUACUUAUCCGGCUUCCUGGAGAGCCAGAGAGGCCCAGGAGGCAAACCCCGUCUGUUGGUGCUCUCACCUGGAUACACAGACGCUCUGGAUAUCAUCCAGGCUGUGCUUUUCCACCCGGACCCAGUAGUCCAAGCGUGUUUCAGCAUUGGCGCUGUCACUGCAUGUGUGAACCCUCUGGCCUCCUGCAUGGAGCACAGGUUUGCUUUCCCUAAACUGUUGGAGCAGUGCAGCCAAGGUAUUGUGAGUACAGUGGUGUUCACUGGGCUGACAGCAGAGCAGAAGCAUCCUCUCAUGCAGCAUGUUCAGCAGCUGGUACGCUCUGCCAACCCCACCGCAGCCUUCAUACACGCAGAGAGAGGAGCUGUCACCAGGAAUGAAGAUGUGAAACUGAUACUUUCUGACAGCGGCUUCAAUGAGCCACAGAUGCUCAGAGCACGUUAUGUCCUCUUCCCUGGAUGGUGCAAAGGGCGCUUCUUCUCUGGUUCUGGGUCUCUGGUGCUUACCCAGCAGCGCGUGGAUUUCAAACGGCCCCUCGAGAGGCCUCUAUUUGUCACCCACUGUAAAGCAUUGAAGUCAUCACUGCGGCCAAGUCCCUUUAAAGGAAAUGUGUACAAUAUUUGGGGAAAAGUCCAAUUCUCUGACUCGGAGCAGCUGGUGGAGGUGAGCUACAACACUGUGAGUGGGAGCCUGAGCAUUGUCCGCGACCAGAGACUGGACCCUGUGACCCCAGGCCCCAGAGAGACCAACACGUCCUGCUUUCUGAUCUUUGAUGGUGUCGGCCUCACUGAGGAAGGACUGAAGGACUGGCUCAGACUGUGCGCCAAGCAGAAGCAGACAAAGAAGCCUCAGAAGACGAAAUAUUCUCUUUCAUUACAGGAAAUCAAGAACAUACAUCUGAAACGGCACUUGGACCCUCUACCAGUAGGCUUCUUCUACAACGGCUAUCAAUACGUCGACAUCUUUGGAGAAAAAAGGGACAUCCACCCCAACAUGGAAGAGUUCAUUAAAGAGUACGUCACCGAGGCCAACAAAGAGAUCGAGCUAUUCAACCGUCAGCUGGAGCUGCAAGGACAGUCCGAUCUGUUUGGUCCAUGAUACAAUCUGUGUGUAUGUCCAGUGCCUCACUCGGUCUUAUUUCACUUUAAGGGAAACACUGAGGGGGGGGGGGCGGGGGGACAGGGGGGCCACAUGCAGAAAGUGGUGUUUAUCUACCGCAUGUACUAUGUCACUUUUUUCUUUGUCUUUUUCUUUUUGCAUGAAAAGGUUGAGUGCAGGUGGGUUUUGAACAAUGACAUCACCCCAUCAGAAGCAGGUUACGUCACAAUGUGGCUGUUUGCCUUCCUUCCCGCUGCAACACUAGUAACUGUGCAGUUAGCACUUUGGCAAGUCAAGUAUCAUAUAUGUCAAAUGAAAGUGGCAAAGUGAUGGGGUCACUUGUGUUAAUUCAGAUUGAAUAUGUUUGUCAAGAGAUGGACGUCGUUCACAACGGCAGACAAAUUGUGAAACAUAACACAACACGAGCCUCCAUCUUUAAACCGUUCGCGAUUAGAGCAACAAAGCCCUGCAAGCUACGGGACUCUCACAAUCGAAGGGAAUUUCCAGCCACGCACUCCUACAGCUUGUGCGUUUCUGUUUAUCACAGUUGGCAAAUUAAUGCCUCUAUUUCGGGACAUGCAUGGAUAGCCGUGUGAUACUGGUGGUGGGCUCCCCGGUGGGGUUUCUCAAGAAUCGCUCCUCCUCUGUUGUCACCCAAUCCGUGGCCCACCUGUUAUCUUGUCUGCGUGCCACGCUGCGGCAGAGGGAGCGCUUGGCUAUAGAGCCGUAAACAUUGGACAGCCUGUUGGCUGCAAACAACUGAUGAAUGAUACCAUUAAUCACAUAGCUAAAUGCCAUCUCAGUGCUUUAUUUUAAGACUCCUGAAGUGAAUCUAAUGAAAGUGCAAUAAAGCAGACUAGUCCUUGCAGCAAAUUGUUGUUGUUAAAGGAAACAGCUGGGGUUUCCAAGAACACUUUAAAUACUAAGGCCUUGUGAACUCCAGCAGCUUUUCUUUAAGCCCUUUUUUCUGUGUAACAUAAUGCAGCUAGGGAACAUAAAAAACCAGCAAGACGAAGGUCCCAAAGCGAGUCCUCACUGCAGCCCGGUGUGGAUCUCCCAUUUUCUCACUUUAGCCAGAAGUUAGUCUGUUACAACAUAUGUUAUAAAUAUAAACAUUCCAAUAUCUUUUUUUAUUGUUUGGGCACUGGUUUUGGGUAGGAAAAGGGGAAAGAAGAAAUCUAUAAAAAAAGACUAGAUUGAGUGUGGUCUGGUUAAACCUGAGUAGAGCUUCUAGUGAACAAUGGUCUGAAGGUUUUGUAACAGCUAAUGCCAUGUUGCAGAGCCUUCGACUUCCUGUGUUGUUUAAACGAGGAGUUGUGUCUGCUCCUCUGAAGUGUGUCACACUGAUGUUCUAUGCAUGUCUUUCUCUAUUCAGGGUUUCUACACAGGUUUUUAAAUUCUACAAAUGGAGAAAAUCAGAAUCUGUUACAAAUUUCGGCAGAAACAAUGCAGCUGCAGCAAAAGAGCUUCCAUUUUAAAAACCCAGUUCAAAUAUUUAAAGUCUAACCACACAAGUAUUUCAAUUUAAAGAGUGGUUAAAAAAAAGAAUUUAAAAGCUAAAGUUGUGAAGAAACCCUGCUACAGUUUGUGAAGAACAGGGCGAUCGUUGGUCAUGGGGUCAGCAGUGUGAACAUGCAGACUCUUUAAAGUCUCAUAGUGCUACUCUGCUACUAAAGAUUACAUUCUCUUAUGAGCAAACUGAUAUUUUUAACAUGUCGUAUAAGAGAGGAAGUUUCAGUCCGCCUCACAUGUAUUUUAAAGUCCAUAACCUAAUUCCUAAGCAGGGCGGGGGAAAACACUUAGUGUCUGUUGGACUCUUACCCAAACGGUUAUUUAAAGACCAGCUGGGACCUCGGUGUGUUUUUGGGGGUUGCCAACAACGACGCUCGCCAUGCCGUGUUUCACAUGUCUGUGUGUCAACAGGCAGUAAAAAACAAAGAAUCGGUUGUUUUGUUUGCAGCUGACGGACAAGACAGACAGUCAUAACAAUGUCAGCAGGGCUUUCCCCUCAGACGACCUGUUAGCAUCUCCGCAGAUUGAAACAAUCCUGAAGGUUGAACUCCACCCUGACACUGCUGGCCCCAUCCGUCCUCAUACGUCAAUCUGAACAAGCCAUACCGUCUUUAUGCUAGAUGUGCCACUUGUCUUCUCGGAGGAUACUACAUGUAAUAGAAUAGCAAAAGAAGUGUGCUUCUAACAUGUGUUACCCUGGUAUGGUUCUCCCAACCAGCUAAAGAGGGGUUCAAGACCCCCCCAGUUUACUCACACUAACAGAGUCCACUAACUCUAUCAAAGAAGUGCAAUUGUUACCUUGUGUUUUUCUAUACUCUACUUACAGUACCCUCAAAGAGCUCUUUAAGGACAGAGAGGAUGCUCACUUCUCAGUCUCCCUCGCAGCGCGGAUUCUGUGGUCUGCUGGAUUCUUUCAGUUCCCGAAGCAUCAUAAAGGGAGGGACACACUACCUCUGCUUAGUGCAUUGAGAUUACAUUAGGGUAGUAUAAUACGUAACACAAGUCCUUUGUUGACAAAGCGAUGACUCUGCUUUUAGCUUGGAUCCUCCCGUUUAGCAUUUCAGAAAUGUUCUCUCAAAGCGGUCUGUUUUGAGCAACAGUUGCUGUCACUCUGUGCUUACGUAAUCCUGCAGAGAGUUCCCCUGAUUGACAGUGAAAUAUUUGUGAGGGCUGAUGUACGGGGAGGCCGAGGCGCCACGAGUCUGAAUCCCGCCACACAUGUCAAAGAACGAGAAAACUGAAGCCCUAAUUGGCCGACAGGAAGAGAAAAGGAGUCCUUAAAGAGUGGAGGGUUCUGUAAGAUGUGUGUGAUGUUCAAAUUAAAAUAACCACUAACACAUACACACACAUAUACACACCACUUCUACUACUACUAAGUGCGUCUACACUAUUUAGCAUGUGUUGAGAUGUCAUGUUAAUAUGAUGCCACAUGUAUUUUGAAUAUGUUGCCUUUCACCAAACUGGUACAACAAAGAGAGAAAAAAAAAUGUUUAUUUUACAUUUCUGCUAAAAAAAAAAAAAAUUGAAUUACCUCAAAACGUCGAAUAGUAUUUUUGUAAGACUGAAUUGAAGCGAAGCGUCUCUUCUCGCACAAGCUGCAAAAAAGCAGAUGCAAUUUUUUUUCUUGUUGGGAAAAAAAACAAAAACUGAAAGAGAAUCUGAUUGGUUUGUGAGACGUCAGGUUUCUCUGAUUCCAGCAGUGCCUUGGCUACGGCUAAGAAAAGCAGAGAUUAAAGCUGCAGUCAGAGCUCCAUCUCCUCUCGCUGUUACAUUGGAGGGGAGGAGGUGUUGUCAGGCAAGGAUCCGUCCUUCAACAGUGUUGGUGAAAGGAAUCCAUGGAGUCGUUCGUUUAAAGCAAUGUGUAUUUACUAAGCCAGAGGGGUAAAGUAGGCGAGGUCACACGGGGGGAGGCAGCUGGAGGGCUCAGGGGAAUCAGGUAUUUUUUGCAAACUAACCAAAAAAAAAGUGUUGGAAAAAGGGGCUGGCUGGCACAGCGAGUACUGAUACUAGAACACCUCUGGUACUUAGUUUAUUUAUGCUCAUUACACGGUGGCUUAUCUUGUUUUAAAACAUUACCAGAGAUUAAUUUCUUUGAGGGAAAUGUGCACAGACUUGAAGGAAAGUUGUGUCUUAGUCCAGCCCCCAGUCGGGAUACAAAACCUCCAAUCAGUUUUGUAUCAGAGUAAAGACGGGAAGAAAAGAUGACUGAGUUUGUGACUAAAGUUUGGUGACCCCCUACUUAUUGCACAUUGGGGGGCCCAAAGAGCCCUCCAUAACCUCUCAGUGUGACCACUACGCAGCUCUCUGGCCAGACUGAGCACCCUGGUGUCUUCAUCCUGUGUGUGGAGGCCAGCCAUUUCUGUAGCUGAAGUUAUAGGACAAAAACAAAGUUUGGUGUUUUAUAUAGAAGAGAGGGAGGUGAUAUUUUUCUGGUACUGCACUGUGAUAACGCGGUGCGAGAGGUUUUUUCUACAUUCAAAGAUUGGCUCCGAUGUUCAAGAGGGACGACAUGUUAGGGAAAUUGACGCACCUCUUGAUGAAGUGGAUAUUUUAUGUGCUAUUUGUGAGGAAAGCGGCUUUAAAAAAAAAAAAAAAAUCCCUUUUUGAUCGUCCAAAUAUGACUCACUCCUCAGGGGACUGUCGGCACUAAUUGUUUUGGUUUGUCCUUUUUCUAUCGAGGUUCAAAAGGAAUCAAAAGGCUCUUCACUGUCCUCGCAGACCGUGGGAGGAAUUAGCUCAGGUGUUAUUAUCUCUCGACCUGAGAUUGCCCAAUUAAAAAAAAAACAAGUUGUCUAACAGAAGACGGGGGUGAAGUGGUGGUUAACAUCACAAUCUGAGGCUAAAAAUAGACUGGCUGCACUGCCACGUAUAAAAUAAAGAAGUUAUUUGUGUCGAGGAACAUUUACUAUUCAAGGUGGGUGGUGUUUGUUGUCAUGAUGACAGAAUUAGAUCCUGGGGGGGAAUAAUGAAAGGGUUCGUUUCUUCUUCGCUCCACACAUGCCGUCAAAUUCAGCGAGAAUAAACAUAUAUAAAUAACUUAAUGUCUCUGAGGAACUGAGGAGCAAAAAAAAGAGAAUCAGCUGACUUCAAAAGUGCCAAACUGACCUCCAUGUUUCGUUCCGAGGAUUGUUCACAGCGAGUGAGCUGAACAGAAUCGCAUUUGCACAAAAGCUACUGUAACUUCUGUUUUUUUCCUGUGACUGAUGCUUUUUAUAAUAUAUUUGUUGUUUUUAUUGCACCACCGUAAUCCAUUAAAAUAUUUAUAUGGUUGACCAA